AUGAGCAUUAUGAGCUCAACCAAUAAUCUUCAGACAAAGACCAAACAGUAGAUUGAUGGAGUAGCUUUUAGCUUCAGUGAAGAAAAGGUUCAAGCUCAGGAGAGAGCUUUUAUUAUAAGAAACCCAAGCAAGCCCAGGGAUUAAACAGUUAACAACAACAUAAAUCAUAAUUUCAAUAAUAGCACUAGUGGCAACUAUGAUAACAUAUCUUCUCUUCUCAAAAGGUAGAGUAUAGCUACUUAAGAUGAUACUACGAAUAACAAGACUUAGUUUCCAUCACACCAAAAGCAGUAACUCAUCAAGGAGGAAUAUCAAAUGGGUUUACAGUAGCAAACAGUGCUUGGAUAUCAGCAUUAGCACAGUUUGCCUUCAAAAUUCAUACUUAAGAAAGACUCAGUGUCAAGUAUCAAUUACCAGAACAGAAAUAACUACUCUUUGAUAAACUAGGUGCUGAAGAACAUUUAGCAAUAAGACUCCAAGAAUUAAAGUUACUAUCAUACUGAAGAAGAUGAGAAAUUGCCAUAACUUAGAAAAGGGAAAUAAUAGACAAGCCAAAGUAAGGAGUUUUAGAAGUUUUAGAGCGACCUUAACUAUUAGAUGCAUCAUAGCGGAGGAAAGCAAGAGGCGGAAAACGGAUACACUAAUGCUGAAAAAAGAAGUAUUGGUCAGACGAAGAUACGAAAAGCUGCUAAGAGUGUAAAUCCUAUCUCCAAAGGCCACCAAUAAUUGAUUUAUACAUAGGGAUCUUAGACUUUGAAACAAGCAACUUAGAGGCAAAAUACCUAUACUGAACUGGUUAUGAAUAAUCAUUCCUAAGUCACAGUAAUUGAUGAUAAUUAUAUGAUGAGUAAGGGUAGACUUCCACCAUAAAAGUUGAGAUAGAUAGACGAAGAGUUAAACAAUACUGGCAACUUGACACCAAAUAACAAAACAGACAACAGUUAGAGUCUAAUAAAGCAAGAAGGUAGCUCAAGAUAGAACAAGCUAGAGAGAUUAAAGAUCGAUCAAGAUAUGAUUAAUUUCUAGAUGGGCUAAUAGUAAUAUACUGUUAAUACACCUAAUUCAAAGGGAUAAGUUAAGAAUGUAGAAAAGAAGAUAAAACUUAAGAAGCAAAAUGAAUUAAAGUAGUAUAAGACGAAGUUAAAGAACCAGUAUAAGAGAUCUAUAGACGAAAUAUCAGAUUUAGGAAGUAUGGGAGCUGCUUAUAUCGGAAGUGCUUUUAGUAAUACGUCAACUCUGCCAUUUUCAAAACAAUCACAACUCACUAGCACAAAUGCAUCAGGAAUGAAGAAAAUUCUAGGAUUCUCUUAAUUGACCUCAACUCGUAACUUGAUCGGAGAUGGUUUCAAAUUCUAAGUCCUAAAAGGUAAUAAUGCAAAGCUUGUUCAGCGGGUGCUCUCAAAUAGAUAUUGGUGGACUGAGAUGUCUACAUACUCUAAACCUCCUUAGUUCAAAUGGAGUCCCUGCUCAAUAAAGGCAGAUUUUCCCAAGAUGAAUUCAUAUAAGUAGAUUAUUAAUCACUUUGAGAAUCAUAGAGAGAUCACUAGAAAAGAUGAGCUUCUUAUUAACCUUACUCACUACUUUUCAAAUCAAAACUUAAAUGUCUUCGACUAUGUUCCCGUUACAUUUCAAAUUAUAAUUCCAGAGGGCAAGUCUUAGAACUUGGAACUCUCUCUAAAGAAAUUCUAGUUAUGCUAUGACACACUCGAUAGAAAUAAAUACACAGUAUUAGAUAUUCUCAGAUCAUCUAAAAACUAGAUAGCAAGUUAAAAUUUUGCAGACAUCGAGAAAUCACUGCAGAUCAAAUACUAAUUGAGAAAUCAUUUCUAAAAGUAUAAUCCCCUUUAGAUAGUAAUGCCCGUAUGUCAUUUUGUGGGAGGGAAUAUGUGGGUACUCAAGACAACGAGUUAAAAUCGUGGUCGUGGCAUUCAUGUCUUUAAAUCUUAUAAAUAGCUUAAAUAGCUGAUUAGGCAGUACAUAUUUCAAUCAAACGAUGAAUCAAGCUAUUAAAACAAGGGAUCAGUUCCAGGAGGAACUCAGAGUAAUGGGUUUCAUUACAUUCCAAAGACUCUUAACUUUGUAAUCUAGAAAUACAUCGAGAGGCCAAUGCUAAUAAACAAAAGAAAAUUUGACAUAAGAGUCUGGGUGCUAGUUAACUAGGAUAUGGAUGUCUUCUUUUUCAAAGAAGGGUAUCUGAGAACAACAUGUGCUGAAUAUAAACUUGAUAAUGUUGAGGAUCAAUAUAUACAUUUAACUAACAACGCUGUAUAGAGAAAUGCCUCAUAAUACGGAUAGUUUGAAGAUGGAAAUUAAUUGUCUUUUUAGGAUCUUCAGAGAUAUAUUCAAGAGCAUUAUAAAGGGUAGGUAAAGAUUGAUGUUUAUGAAGACUUAGUCGAAGAUAUGAAGUAUUAGGUCGUAAAAACCCUCGAAUCAAUUAAGAAAAAACUUAACUCAGAGAAUAGAAAAUUUUGCUUUGAAAUAUUUGGAUUUGAUUUCAUUAUAGAUCAGGACUUUAAUGUGUGGCUUAUAGAGUGUAAUACUAAUCCUUGUCUCGAUGAAAGUUCUGGACUCCUUCGAAUUUUAUUGCCUAGGAUGCUUGAUGAUGCCUUCAAACUUACCAUUGAUAAAAUCUUCCCCAAUCCUAAAGAUGUUUAUCUAUAAAAUAGUAACAACAUAUCAUUGAAAAUUACAAGUAAAAACAAUGCUUUAGCUUAAAAAGAUCCUCUUUAGAGGAGAGAUACUGAUUAUAAAUUUUCUAAGUCCUAGUCUAAUUGGAAAAAUCUUAAAACAUCAUACGCAGAUCAGGCAAAUUAUAUAGGGAGCUAAGAUUCAUCGAUUUAUCCAAUUGAGGGAUAUUCAGACUAUGCUAAUUUAUGGGAUAAGCUGAUGAACUUAACGUCAGGAUCUAAUUAUCUGAAAGUAAAUGAGAGACGAAUAAGAAGUGAUACUGUCCUCUACUCUCCAGAAGGAGUCGAGUUCUUCGCUACAUCAUUUAAAUCUUACAAAGAGCAUUAGUCUAUGAAAGCUUAGUAAUUGAAGAGUGUGACUAACAGAUUAUCACCAAACUUCUUAAUCCUUCAGACCUCAUCACAAAUCAAUAAUUCGAUCAUUGAUAAGAACGAUUAGUCUCAUAAUGAAAGUAAAAUUGCUGGUGGAGGCCGAAAUAACUUAGUAACUGCUGAUUCCAAUAUGCUUUUGAUUAGUGGUAAGAAUACAGAAAUUUAAAUUGAUGAGAAAUACAAAAAAUAUGUCAAACUUACUUAGUCAAGUGAAUUCAAAAACCAGAGUUAGUUAGAUUGA